AAGCGCCUCUCUCUCUCUCCCCCCCUCCCUCCCUCCCAAAAUGGCGCCCCUCGACUUGGAUAAGUACGUGGAGAUCGCGCGGCUCUGCAAGUACCUGCCCGAGAACGACCUCAAGCGCCUGUGUGACUACGUGUGUGACCUGCUUCUAGAAGAAUCUAACGUGCAGCCCGUUUCUACACCGGUCACAGUCUGUGGCGACAUACAUGGACAGUUUUAUGAUUUAUGUGAAUUAUUCAGAACUGGAGGUCAGGUUCCUGACACAAACUACAUAUUUAUGGGUGAUUUUGUAGACAGAGGCUAUUACAGCCUGGAGACGUUUACUUACCUUCUUGCCCUAAAAGCAAAAUGGCCCGACCGCAUCACACUCUUGCGUGGAAAUCAUGAAAGCAGACAGAUCACGCAAGUGUAUGGAUUUUAUGAUGAAUGCCAAACCAAAUAUGGUAACGCUAAUGCCUGGAGAUACUGCACCAAAGUCUUUGACAUGCUUACAGUAGCAGCGUUAAUAGACGAGCAGAUCCUUUGUGUCCACGGAGGCCUGUCUCCAGAUAUCAAAACGCUGGAUCAGAUCCGAACCAUCGAGCGAAACCAAGAGAUUCCGCACAAAGGCGCUUUUUGCGACCUCGUCUGGUCUGACCCGGAAGACGUUGACACCUGGGCCAUUAGUCCCCGAGGAGCAGGCUGGCUGUUUGGCGCAAAGGUCACCAACGAGUUUGUCCACAUCAACAACUUGAAGCUCAUCUGCCGAGCCCACCAGCUGGUGCACGAGGGUUAUAAAUUCAUGUUCGAUGAGAAGCUGGUCACGGUAUGGUCGGCCCCGAACUACUGCUAUCGCUGUGGGAAUAUCGCCUCAAUCAUGGUCUUUAAAGAUGUAAAUACGAGAGAACCAAAGCUCUUCCGUGCAGUCCCAGACUCGGAGCGUGUGAUUCCUCCGAGGACGACCACACCGUAUUUCCUCUGAGAACAUUGCUCUAGCCCUUGUACCGUUUUCUGUGUGACAUACUUUUUAUUGAGCACUUUGCUGCUGAAAUGCUGCCUCUUGCCUUUUUUUUUUAAUUAUCUAAAUGUGUUGUACAUUGUAGCGAUGCGUCUCUUUAUUUUCCACACAUCCAUGCCCUAUUGGUCCCAAUCCUCUCCUCCCAGACUUGUCCAAGAGUGCUUUUGAAACGCCUCUAAGCACUUACCUUGCUCUCUUGUAGGGUUGAGUUGUUGUUUUUUUUAAGGAAAAGCUUCAUUUUCCUUUCAAAUAAAAUAAAAACAGAGCAAGACAUCAGAUGUCGUCUAGGGGGUUGUCUUUAGGGAGUUGUCAUUUUUUGGGUUUUUUUGUGCAGGGGGAUAAGGUUUUAAGAAAUUUCAGCAGCAAAGAUGUGCUUAACUGUGCACAAUAGGAUUUUCGAAGUCCAACUAAGAUACAGAUAUCCAAGAUGUAGAAGUGAAUUGUCCUGGUUUAUCUUUUGUUUUAAGCUGGUAUAAAAUAAGUGGCUUAAAAAGCUGCCCCUGAUUGUUUUUGGUUUUUUUUUAUUUUUUAGGAUUCAAACUGAAAUGCAAAACCCACCACAGGUAUUUGAAUUUGUACAUUAAAAUAAUUGUUCUGAUUUUUUUUCUCAGAUACCUUGUAUUUUUAAUAAAGUCGUACCUUGAACUCUGCCUCUAGGUUAAACAUUCAGAAUAAAACCCUGUAUUGUUGAUGUGAA